CAGAAAUUAAUGGCCAUGAGUUCGUAUAUGGUGAACUCUAAGUAUGUGGAUCCCAAAUUUCCUCCUUGCGAGGAAUAUUUGCAGAACAGCUACCUAGCCGAGCAGGGGGCCGAGUAUUACAGUGCCUCGCAGGGCUCCGAUUUCCAGCAUCAGGGGCUCUACCCACGGUCAAACUACAGCGAACAGCCCUUUAGCUGUAGCAAUGCCCAAGGCUCCGCCGUGCAGCCGCGGGGUCAUGGACAGGAGCAAUCCGGCCCACCGAGCCACUUCCCCGGUCAAGCAGAGCAUUGUCCACCGCCUCCAAUGUCCAACUCACGAGCCUGCGGCCAGCAGCCAGCCCUCAAAGCCCCAAACGGGUCAGCAGUUAAGCAGCCAGCAGUAGUUUAUCCCUGGAUGAAGAAAGUCCAUGUUAACUCGGUGAACCCCAAUUACAGCGGAGGGGAACCUAAGCGCUCCCGAACAGCUUACACCAGACAGCAAGUCCUAGAACUGGAAAAAGAAUUUCAUUUUAACAGGUACCUGACCAGGCGCCGCCGUAUCGAGAUAGCCCACACUUUGUGUCUCUCUGAGCGCCAGAUCAAGAUCUGGUUUCAGAACAGAAGAAUGAAGUGGAAAAAAGACCACAAACUGCCCAACACUAAGGGCAGGUCUUCCUCCUCUGGUUCAAACCCACAUUUACAGACUGUUCCCAAGGACCAUCAGACUGACUUGACAACUUUAUAGAAGAGGUGAAAUUUUCCAUUUCAUCCUUCGAUUCUGACCAGUACUGUACAUAACUGACACUAUCCAAGCAGAACCUGCAUGUAGCAGC